AUGGCGCGCAAUCAAAGCCGGCCGUCCCCAAAACUGCUGCUGGUGGUUCUUGGGUCGAUGCUGAGCCUGUCUAGCGGGCAGCCCGCUCCGACACCCACGCCAACCUCGACACCACCGCGAUCAACUCCGAGCCCCACGCCAACCGGGACACGGCCGCCAUCAACUCCGAGUCCCACUCCCACGCCAACGCCCACUCCGUCUGUUACACCCGGGCCCCCGCCACCGGCUCCCCCAGCGGGAGGAGGCGGAGGGGACUCCCCCCCCCAAAAAAAUCCUAAUGCAACAUACUCUGAUCCCCAUAUGUUUGGGCUCCAGGGGGAGAAGUUCGACUGGCAUGGUUAUCCUGGCGAAUCUUUCUGCAUGAUAAGCGACUCCAACAUCCAGAUCAACACGCACCUGUUUGGGGAACUCGGCAAGACCUAUUUCGAUGCUUUCGCGCUGCUGUACAAGCGUGGGAAGAAUCAGCACAAAGUCAGCCUCCAGCUGAAUCAGGAUGUCCCUUCUGACGACGAUGCCAAUUUCGCCAUCACUUUGGAUGGGCGACCCCUCGCCCCGGCCGCUUUCACCCGUCACUCCCUCUGCGACAGAUUCGGGCCCCUCCGGGUGUUCUUGUCUCCCGGCGCGGGGAUCGAGCUCUCCAUGGCGGAAGAGAACGGUUUCGCCGUCGUUCUCGUUGUCGAAGGCCUGGCCAACAUCACGAUCACCACCGAAAGGCACGACAUGCCCGAGGUGAAGCACCUCGACUGGUUCAUUGACUGGAUCCACGCGACCUCCGAUGUGCACGGCGUUUUGGGCCAGACUUUCCAGCCUUCCCGUGCUGACGUCAUCGCUGCCGCGAUGAAGGUGAACGGCCCCCAGCUGCGGGCCGCUGACGUCGUCGACGGAUCCGACGACGAGUACCGCACGUCAUCUCUGCUGGCGCCCGACUGCGCGCGCGGCCGCUUCGGAAGCAGCCCCAACGGCCCCGCCAAGAGAAUGGGGCUCACCGCCACACUCCGCCGUCGUCUUAGCUUCUCGGACGGAACCGGCGCUUCCCCAAUCACAGUCAAGAACGCGGGUUGCGCGUCUGGGUCCUCCGCCGUCUGCAGAUUUGGGUGA